AUGGCAAACGUGGUCCUGGAUGGUAGCGCCGCUCCAGCCAAGGCCGGCCUUCCUCUGGACUGUAGUUUUCCAUCAAAACAGACCAACUUUCCCACUGAACUCGAAUCAAACAGCAAUGCCGACUUCUGGUGGAGGCUUUGCAGGCCCGAGAUGGCCGGUCUCUUUAAACAGGCUGGUGGCUACACUGAGUUGCAGAAAGAAUCUCACCUGCGCUUUGUUCGAGAACACUGUGCCCCAUGGAUGGGCACCGUCCCAACCGGACAUAUGGCCAACGAGGCCGUGGCGCCGGUAGAGAUGAGCGUCAACUACAUCAGCAGUCGAGAUGAGGGCGUAUUACGGUUUCAAAUGGAGCCUUUUACUGCUGUGUCUGGGCCACAUACCCAGGCAGACGACCCAUCUGGCAAGAAAGCGGUAUGCUCUAUGCUGAGGUCCUUCCAGCGCGCGUUGGGAGACGUUGACCUGACAUGGACGUGGCAACUCGUGGAUAAAUUUAUGGUGACGGCACCUGAUGAGGUGACACGACUUCGAGAAGCUGAGAGGACUUCACUGCCGCCACCUCUCAACCUUUACCAGCGCACUCCUCAGUUCAACUUUGCUUUCGACCUCAGCCCUGACAAAAAAUCCAUGAAGACUUAUUUCCUUCCACUGGCGAAAUCCCUGGUUACUGGAAGCCCCGCCUUGGAUUACUGUCUGGACGCUGUCCGUUCACUUGAACCUCACGGUGAGGGGCUGUCGCCGGUGGCAGACCUUCUUCAUCAGUUCUUCAAUACUUCUUGCCCAGGCCACAUGUCUUGCGACUACCUGGGCAUCGACUCGACCAAUCCUAAGAGAUCCCGUGUUAAGCUGUACGUGUCUUCACAACAACACAACAGCUUCAACUUCAUCAGAACUGUGUUCACCCUCGGAGGGAUCGCCAAAGACGAGGCAACGCUGCGUGGCUUGGAAUUCUUACGUUCCAUUUGGCACUUACUGGUCAAUGUCGACGAAGGCGAACUGCCGGACUCUUCUGAUCGGCCUGCAAAACAGCUCCCCUUCUUUUUAGGCUGUCUUUAUUUCAGCUUCGAAUGGCGAACCGGUGACCGCUUGCCGCUUGUCAAGCUCUAUGUGCCACAGUGGCAAUAUGCCCAGAGCGACCGCAAAAUAGCGAGAAAUAUAUCUGCUUCUCUGAGGAAGCUGGGCCGAGAUGAGGCUGCUGAUGAGUACUUGACGCACAUCAAGCAGACUUUCCCAAGGGCAGACCUGGACGGUAAUAUAUCUAUUCACAAUCAAGUGUCGUACGCGUACAGUGCUGAGACUGGCGCGUACUUGACGAUAUACUACAGUGUAAAUAGCAAAGCUGUGACUAGAGACUAG